AUGACAUCAAGCAGCCAAAGUUCUGAAAACUCCAAAACUUGUCCAUCUAACAACUUCAAAGCAGCCACCAAGAAAGAAGACGACAAAGAUGAAGAAGAAGAGGAAGAAGAAGAAGAGGAGGAUGAAGAAGAGAGAUCAGCAGAUCAGAGCCCAUCUAACAAUAGCUAUGUGGAAGAGAGUGGGAGCCACCACCAUGAUCAUAACAAUGAUCAGAUCAAGAAAAAUGGUGGAUCUGUGAGGCCAUACAACCGUUCAAAGACUCCAAGGCUGCGGUGGACACCUGAGCUCCAUCUCUGCUUUCUUCAAGCUGUGGAGAGACUGGGUGGACCAGAUAGAGCAACACCGAAGCUUGUUCUUCAAUUGAUGAACGUCAAGGGGCUAAGUAUUGCCCAUGUCAAGAGCCAUCUUCAGAUGUACAGAAGCAAGAAGACUGAUUACCUAAAUCAAGGAGAUCAAGGAUUUUCGUUUGAACAUGGAGAUGGUUACACUUACAACCUUAGCCAACUUCCAAUGCUACAAAGUUUUGAUCAAGGGCCUUCUACUAGUUUAGGAUAUGGUGGUGGUUCCUGGAUCGACCAUAGACGACAGGUCUACCGUAGCCCUUGGAGAGGCUUAACCACACGAGACAAUACAAGAACAAGACAAACACUGUUUAGCUCACAGAUUGGCGAGAGAUUUCAUGGAGUUAGCAAGAGUAUUCUUGAUGAUAAGAAUAAAACUAUUUCGUUUCGAACCAAUUCUCAUGAAGCGGCUCAUGCCAGCAAUGGUAUAGGUGAAGCUGUUCCAAGAAGUCAUAGAAGUUUUCUUGAAGGUAUGAGAACGUUUAACAAAUCAUGGGGACAUAGCUUCUCCUCUAAUCCUAAUAUCUCGGUCGCAUCAAGACCACAAGAUCAUAUUGCUAUGACACAAAAUUCUCAUCAACGUGACAAUCCUCGAGUGGGAGAAGAAACGGAGAAUGAUUUGAAGAGGAAAAGAUUGUUAUUAUCUGGUGACAACAAUAAGUCGAACCAAGAUUUGGAUCUAAGCUUGUCCCUUAAGGUACCUCCUACACACAACAACCUUGGAGAAUGCUUCUUAGAAGAGGAAGAAAAAGAGCAUGAUGAUCAAGAGGAUAGCAAGCGGUUGUCUCUUUCAUUAUCCUCGUCGAGUUUACAACUCGGUCGAGCGAUUAGGAAAGAAGAGCAAAAUGAUCAUAAAAAGAGAAAGAUAUCGGUCUUGGCAAGUCCCCUUGAUCUCACUUUAUGAAUAUAUACAGCAAAAUAUAUAUACGUAUAUUCUAAGUGAGAUGUUGAGGUACUUGUUGGUGGAAAGACGGUUCUUUGUUGUUUAUCAUUCGUUGCAUACUUGUGACAAGACCCAUAACUAAGGUUAUAAUAGAGACGUUUAUUUUGGUCCUUUUUCCCACAUAUUUUUUUCGAGAUGUUAAAUUCUUGUUUUAAGUAUAAAUGUUUUGUGAUCGAGUUGUGAGCAAACACUUGUUUUAUUCUGAAUAGUAACCAAGAAAUAUAUUAGCGAGUCUAUACGGUUUUGAGAGUUACAAGACGUUGCACGUUGUCUUGGUUGUGUCUUGUUGUGAGACGUUGCAAAUCUAUGUUUAGUUCCCGUUGUUUCACUCACUCUCACACAACAAGUGGUCAAUAUUAUGCUACCUAACAUGGAGAUCUAGUCG